GUACCAAUUCUGACUCAGACACAGCCUACCAAUACCAUCGCCGCCUGGGUCUUCGCCAUCAGGUCUCUCUCUCUCUCUCUCUCUGCAAAUUCGGCAUCUCCUUCACAUUUACAGCGUCAGAUUGGUUUCUCUCUGGACUCGAUCUGUAGCUCUUUUGAUUUGUGAUUGUAUUGGUUAUGGGACGCAUGUCAAUGGGCACACAAAUAUGCAUGUAAUGGAUUGCCCUCAGCACCCCCUUGUCAAGGAGAGAAUCCUUAACCAUUGCUUUUGACAUUUUACAUCAUCAAUGUUCGACCAUUCUGACUUUGUGAUAUUAAUUGGUCUUCAUGACGUUAAGCAGCAAUAAUCAGAUAUGUCAGCUGCCUUCCGAGCAUUCUUGAACAGUCCUGUGGGUCCAAAAACAACUCAUUUUUGGGGACCAGUUGCCAAUUGGGGUUUUGUUGUCGCAGGCUUAGUGGACAUGAAGAAACCUCCAGAAAUGAUAUCUGGCAACAUGACUGCAGCAAUGUGCGUGUACUCAGGCUUGUUUAUGAGGUUUGCAUGGAUGGUUCAACCUCGCAACUAUCUCCUUUUGGCUUGCCAUGCUUCGAAUGAAACAGUACAACUCUAUCAACUCUCACGCUGGGCAAAGGGUCAAGGGUACUUGCAGGAGAAGAAAGAUGAAUCUGCAUCUCAGUAACUUGACUGCUUGUUUUGUCCAUCCUUGGUCGGGGAUUUUCGUUGAUUCUUCUAAAACCAUUAUACUGGUUUUUUGGAUCUCUCUCGAACAGUCACAAUUGAUGCUUUAGAUACUAGCAUAAAUGUGCAAUAAGCAACAGUUGUUUUGAUUUAUAAUAUUCUGUUCCUUUUUUGGUUCUUUAUCUUGACUUCUUGUUCAGGCUGUGUAAACCCUCAUUAAUUCAACUGCAUUGCAUGUUGAUUUUCUUU